AUGAUGACAACACAGAAGCUCUUCCUCACCACUUUGAUUCUCUCACUCCUCCAUUCUACAAAUGCAAACUGCAGUCUUUCUGGGUGUGGUGAUAUUGGCAAUAUCACCUUCCCUUUCCACCUCAAGAGCCACUGCGGCUAUCCCCAACAUGAACUAAUCUGUGAAAACAAUAGCACAUUCAUCUAUCUAAACUCUAUCAAAUACCAUGUCAAGGCAAUCAACUACCAAAACUCCACAAUCAGACUGGUUGAUGCUUCCAUAAACAAUGAUACAACCUGCCCUUUCCCUAACACUUCCUCUGAUUUCACCCGCUCUUCUUCUCCAUACUAUUAUUCCAACUUAUCUGAAGAUUUGUCAGUUAACUUCAUUAGCUGCCCAUAUCCAUUGAACAAUUCUUCCAUCUUUACAGAUAUAACUCAGACUGUGCCUCUAAUUUAUCACACUCCACCUUUAGAUAUGUAA